AGGGGGGACCGUCAAGUACGCUACGUUGUUGAUAUGAGAAGGAUGCGGGAAAUGCAAAUGUGCAACAAGCGCAUUGCAUGCAACGUGCAGAAAACGAAUCUUCUAAUUGGACAGAUCGGAAGUUAUUUGACGGAUGCGAGGUGAAUUCUGCACAAAAGGUGCCGCACGAACUAAGGGCGAUUUCAACCAAAUUUCGAAAAUUAGAAAUUUCUAAUUAUGCGAUUUAUUGUUCUCAAUCUAAUCUUUCUUCUCACGUGUCAAAGAACCGAAACUAAUUCCAUGUUAACGAAAUACUAUUAUCUGCGAUAAUAUGUGUAGUUAAUCAGAAUUUGAUUGAUUACUCCAUAGCCCUAUAAAAAGCGUAAACUUUUAAAAUUCAACAGAUAUAUUUAUAAAAAUACCGAUCUCGGAAUAGAGACAUCUUAUGGUUAUUGGUAGAAUUGGGGAAGUAACUAGAUAAACAAGCUGUUUUUUAAGCCUUUUUAGGUUCGAGCGACUCCACUGUACAGUAAAAUUUGUAAAUACAUAUAUAGUGCGAUAUAUUUUUAAAUAACGCGAUAUUUCAUUUUUAAUCAGUUUCAAUAUAAGUUUUUCUCACAAUGCUAAAAUUACUCUCGAAACGGGCAAUAUUGCCAUCGAGCGUUCAUAAUCUUCGUAAUCACGUCCAAAGAUAUGCGACGAAACAAUCCGGCGAUUUCGUAAAAAUAGUCGAAGUUGGACCACGAGACGGAUUGCAAAAUGAGAGGAAGAUGGUGCCUACUGAAAUCAAGGUUGACUUCAUCAAUCGUCUAUCGGCGACCGGAUUGAGGAGCAUUGAAGUUACGAGUUUCGUGUCUCCGAAAUGGGUCCCUCAGAUGGCCGACAACUCGCGGGUCUUUCAACGAAUUGAGAAGAGAGACGGUAUAUCCUACCCAGUACUGGUACCGAAUCUGAAAGGCUUGGAGAGCGCUGUCGCGGUAGGCGUGAAAGAAAUCGCCGUGUUCGGUGCGGCGUCGGAGGCCUUCUCCAAGGCGAAUACCAAUUGCUCCAUCGAGGAGAGCGUGAGGAAUUUCAAGGUGGUCGUGGAGGAGGCGAAGAAGCACGGCAUCAGGACCCGGGGUUACGUAUCCUGCAUCGUCGGCUGUCCCUACGAAGGCGAGACCAAACCGGCCACUACGGCACAUUUAGCUUCGAUAAUGUUAGACAUCGGAUGCUAUGAAGUUUCUCUGGGCGAUACCGUAGGCGUAGGGUCGCCGAGGAAGAUCAAACGCGUCUUAAACGAGCUGCACCACGUUUCCUCGAGCAACAUGAGUUGUUACGCGCUGCACUGUCACGACACGUACGGCCAGGCUUUGGUAAACAUACAGGCGGGUCUCGAAGAUGGUGUAAGAGUCUUUGACUCUUCGGUCGCUGGACUUGGUGGAUGCCCAUACGCUGCUGGCGCUUCGGGAAACGUCGCCACGGAGGAUCUACUCUACUUCCUACGGGGAGAAGGAUUGGAGACCGGCGUAGACUUUGAUAAAAUAGUGGAGAUUGGUGAUUACAUCAGUAACGAGCUGGGCAGAGCAAAUCAUUCAAAGACUGCGCUGGCUGUACUUGCCAAGAAGAAUCGUCAAAAGUGCUAACCGAUAUUUAAUAUUAUAUUUAAGGAUACUUUCCAGCAAAAAGCAUAUGUAUAGAUAAAAUGUCAUACAUAUAUAUAUUUGACUGUCAAAAUUCGGGACUUUGGAAAUGUUUUAUUCGUUGACAGUGUGACAGUGUCACACAGUGCCUGUCUGAUGUGCUCUUGCUGGAAAGCAUCCCAAAUUUUACAAGACGGAACCAAAGCAUUUUGCAUUCCAAAUAACAACUACCAAACUUAUGUAUAUAUAAUAUGUAUAUAUAGAUUUUAUAAUUACCGACAUUUUUGUAUAUUUGUACAAAUGGGAUUUUAUAUCAAUAUAAUUGUACAUUGGAUCUUUGAAGAAAUAUAAAUGUUACAUGGUAUUGUGACAUAUUUUAAUCUCA